AUGUCGCAAAAUUUAUGUAGCCGGCGCUACAAUUUUGGGAUGAAAUUCGAUUGGAAAGGAGUAAACAAGUACGUCGCAAAGUAUCAUACAGAUACAGUUGAAUUUUGUCCAAAUGCGUCAAUGAUGUUAUCUGGUAGUUAUGAAUUAAAUAGUGAAACACAAGAACGUCUUGGUGGUUUGUUAUUAUUCAGCCGGCUACCAACCGAUAAUCAGUAUACUUUAUCAUGUACUGUCUCGUGUUCUGGUGUAUUAGAUACAAGUUGGAUAAAUGAUAAUAUUGCAGUUAGUGCAUUAGCGAAUGGUUCAUCAAAAUUAUGGAAUUGUACUGAUCAAUCAUUACUAGUUGAAUUGGUCGAUUUCCCUGUGUCUCCUGAUCACAUACUUCUAUCUGUUGAUUCAUGUUCUAAUAGGUUUGUUUUCAGUGAUUCAGGUGGAAAUAUCAGUUUAUGGCAAUUUAUUGCUAAAUGGCACGCGCAUGAAUUUGAAGCAUGGUGUGCAUGUUUAAAUAAAUGGCAAAGUGAAAUAGUAUUCACUGGUGGAGAUGAUUCCAAGUGUUGUCUAUGGGAUUUACGUGAAGGUUGUCAAAAGCCGAUGAAUACCAUCAGGCAAAAUAUGGGUGUAUGCAGUAUUCAGAAUCAUCCAGAUAUAGAUUACUUAAUUUCUACUGGAAGCUAUGAUGAAUCUUUAUGUAUAUGGGAUUUACGUAUGUUGAAUAGUGGCAAAGAAUUCUCUAACCCUAUAUUCACCUGUCAUUUUGGUGGUGGUGUCUGGCGGCAUAAAUGGGGUCCACAUAACUGUAUAGUAGUUGGUGCAAUGCAUGCAGGAUUUGCUGUUACACACUGGUCUCAAUCAUCCUGUAACACUGAAGAAAAGAAUCCUGUGUAUGUAUUUCGUCUGACUGAUCAACAAUUGGCUUACGGUAUUGAUUGGUCAUUUGAUGGUUAUUCUAGCGGUGGUGAUGAUAAUUUAUUGAAGCCAGUAGUUGUUUCAUGUUCCUUUUAUGAUAAUACUAUAGAAUUCGGAGAAUUGACUAUAAAUUUGGAUCUGUGA